ACUGUACUUCCAAAAGCACACUCCUGCUCAGAGGCUCCCUGGUGAGACAGAUAUGAACCUGCCGUCCAGAGAGGAGUGCGAGGGGUGGGACCAGUCGCAACUGGCUCUCUUCAUGUGCAAGAACAAGAUGCAAGAAUGUGCCACCGUUGUAAAAAAGCUGAGAAUUAAUGGGCAACGAUUCCUGAACCUGUCUGACAGUGAAAUGGGCAAGUUAAGCAUCGUCCACAAGCCGCAGCUUCAAAAGAUCGUUCAAGACAUCAAGAAAAACGAUGGCAGCUUACUGAACAAACUGAAAAGACUGAAAAGCAAACCGCUUCCAAAGGUACCUGCUCGAGAUUACAGAGAUGAUGACAGGGAAAGUGAUGAACAACUGUCUGAACCAGAUUAUGAUAAUGACACAUACGAGGAUCCACAUGAAGACCCAGACAACAGCUACGAGCCUCCACCCAGCCACAGAGUCUUCACCACAACUCCUUCUGCUUCCUUUCCGAAGGGGGAGUACCUUGACAGCUGCCGUAACCGGCCCAACCGGCCACCCAGGAAGCCCCUCCGCCCAGGCAAAGCCUCCAAACAACUGCCCCCUGAACCCACCCACAGGGGAACAGACGAAGAAGACUACAUCAACCCAGAUGGCAAUGAGGAUGACAACUACAUAGAACCCUCAGAGAAUCCACCUGCCGAUCCUGUGGUUCAUGGUGGGCGCAGAGCAGGGAGAGACCUUCCUAUGUUGCCUAAACCCAUACCAGAGCGUCCACCCAGUCCUGAUUUUUAUGAAGUUCCUGACAAAGAGGAGAACUCAUCAUCUCCGGCAGCAAGCAGACUCUCCACAACACUGUCACAAUCUUUACCACCAAAACCCAGCCCCAGAGUGAACAUAAGGAGAUCUCCCCCUCCUGUCCAGGAGCCCACAGGUGAUGAUGAAUAUGAAGUUUGUGAUCCAGAUGAUAGUUCCCAUGAUAAACCUCCUCCUCCACUUCUACCCAAACCUUUGCCCAGAGAUAGGUCACCAAAACCAGCUUUAAGGCCGAGGCCAGAUUUGAAACCAAGGGAAUUUGAAAGCCAAACUCUGCCUGUGAUGCAAAACGACCACAAAUUUCUCCCAAAAGCUUUUACAAUGGACUUGAAACGACCAAAGAUUCCUCUUCCACAGUUUUCUUCCCUCAAACCAGCAGACAGAACAAGUGUUUCUGCUGAUAAUGGGACAACAGAUGAAGAUAAGGAUGCAGAUGUCUAUAAGAAACCCUGGUAUGCCAGCACAUGUGACCGCAAGACUGCUGACGAAGUCUUGCUUCGCUCAAAUAAAGACGGUGCGUUUAUGGUGAGGAAGAGCUCCGGUCACGACGCAAAGCAGCCCUACACAUUAGUGGUGUUUUACAAGGGCAGAGUGUACAACAUACCAAUCCGCCUCAUAGCAAACACUCGGCAGUACGCGCUGGGACGAGAGAAGAAAGGAGAGGAGUAUUUCAGCAGCGUCUCCCACAUCAUCGAGAACCACCAGAGGAAUCCUCUGGUGCUGAUUGACAGCCAGAGUAACACCAAGGACGCCACCAAGCUGUGUUUCCCUGUGAAGCCUUAGAUGACCCGGCGAACAGCUGAGCGAUCGGGCUUGUACAACCCAGCCUGCCGUGUUUACUUUGAGACUGUUUACAGCACUGAUCGUGUGAUGCUUUUCUCCUCCUUCAUUGUUAAUUCACUGUGCUGUCAACAGGACUGCACGCUGGACUUGCCUGCAUAGCUGGCCAUGGAGAGCUAAAGUAGCACUGACUCAGAAAAUGUAUUUUUUUAACUUGUGUUUUUAUUCAGAUAUUUUUUUAAUGCUCUGUCAGUAAACAGUGUAUGAAAAUUAAAGCAAGGAAUGAAACAGUGUUGCUGCAGCAGAGGGAAGCAGGUAGACAAAUAAUUCAGUUAUGACAGCAGUACUUUGGAGAGCCAAAAAAAAAAAAAAAAACGCAAGGUUGUAUAUUUUGUUUUAAUAAAACUCUUUUCUUGUGUUGCACAA